AGUGCAUAUGAAUAUUUUUUAUUGGAAAUUUAUUUUGAAAAUUUGUGUAUCGUUUGUUUCAUCCGCUUUACAUUCCUGGGGUUUUAUGCUGAUAUGCCAAAAUUAAAUUUUGGUUAGAAAUUGCGAUAUUCCCAAAAAUUUGACAGAGUCAAAUAUGUAAAUUGAGAAUAUUGCAAACAUUUUAAACUAACUUUCUUGAAAUUAAUUGAAAUGUCUACCGAAAAUAUAUUAUCUAUUGACGGAAACGUCAGAAAACGUCGAUCUAGCACUGAUCAACAUUACAAUUGUGUACCUGAGAUAAAAUGUUCCAAAACUGUAGAUGAAAAUUUGGAUAAUAAACCAAGUACUUCGAAGAGUUACGAAGAUUCGAAACUUCCCACGCUUGAUGAAAUAAAUCAGAAAUAUCCAUUAUGGAGACCCGAGUAUAAUAAGUAUACUAAUGCCUCUAUGGAUGAGAAAUAUGUAGAGACGAUUUGGGCGAGUCUAAAGAAUGCCAUCCAGGAAAUACAAAAAAAGAACAACUCAGGGCUCUCGUUCGAACAAUUAUAUAGAAACGCAUAUAAUAUGGUUCUUCACAAACAUGGAAAUCGUUUAUAUUUUGGGCUACGAGAAGUUGUGUCUGAACACUUAGAGCAAAAAGUACGUCAGGAAGUAUUAGAAAGUCUGCACAACAAUUUUUUGCCUAAACUCAAUCAAGCUUGGAAUGAUCAUCAAACCUCAAUGGUAAUGAUACGUGAUAUACUUAUGUACAUGGAUCGUGUCUAUGUCCAACAGCGUGAGGUAGAUAAUGUUUAUAACUUGGGGUUAAUCUUAUUUAGAGAUCAAAUUGUGCGAUACACGGAAAUACAAAAAGCUUUACGUGAAACAUUACUAGAUAUGGUAAUGGAUGAGAGAAGCGGUGAAGCGAUAAAUCAUUUAGCGAUAAAAAAUGCCUGCCAAAUGCUUAUGUCAUUGGGAAUCAAUACUCGUUCCGUAUAUGAGGAUGAUUUUGAAAAACCUUUUCUAGCACAAUCAGCCUCAUUUUAUAAAUUUGAAUCGCAAAAAUUUCUUGCAGAGAAUAAUGCAGGAGUGUAUAUCAAAAAAGUUGAGGCCCGCAUACAAGAAGAAUCAGCUCGUGCUGCUCUUUACCUGGACAAAGACACUGAGCCACGUAUUGUAAAAGUAGUCGAAGAUGAACUUAUUAAGAAACAUAUGCGAACCAUAGUUGAAAUGGAAAAUUCUGGUGUUGUAUAUAUGAUAAAAAAUUCAAAAACUGAGGAUCUUGCGUGCACUUAUAAGUUAUUCUCCCGUCUCAAAGAGGAAGGUCUUAAAGUUAUCGCUGAUACAAUGUCAGCAUAUUUACGUGAGCAAGGACGAAUGUUAGUAAAAGAAGAGGAAACGGAUAAUACAAACCCAAUAACAUUUGUUCAAAACCUCUUAGACUUAAAAGACCGAUUUGAUCAAUUUCUACAUCAUUCAUUUAAUAACGAUAGAAUUUUUAAAAAUGUUAUUUCUUCCGAUUUCGAACAUUUUCUUAAUUUAAAUACGAAAUCACCAGAGUACUUGUCGCUUUUCAUUGAUGACAAACUUAAAAAGGGUGGUAAAGGAAUGAGCGAGCAAGAAAUCGAGACAGUAUUGGAUAAAACAAUGGUAUUAUUCCGGUUUUUAUUAGAGAAAGAUGUUUUCGAGCGUUAUUAUAAAACACAUUUAGCGAAACGGUUACUUCUAAACAAAUCAGUCUCCGAUGAUUUCGAGAAAAACAUGAUUUCCAAACUAAAGACUGAAUGUGGUUGUCAAUUUACUUCGAAAUUGGAGGGAAUGUUCAAGGAUAUGUCUGUAUCUAACACUAUAAUGGAAGAAUUUAAGAGUUAUGUAAAUAAUAAUAAUUUAUCACUAUCCGGGGUCGAAUUAACAGUGCGUAUAUUAACGACGGGAUUUUGGCCAACACAGACAUCUACUCCAAACUGUAAUAUACCGGUGGCACCUAGGGAAGCAUUUGAAUGUUUCAAGAAAUUUUACUUAGAUAAACAUUCGGGCAGACAGUUGACACUACAGCCUCAAAUGGGUACUGCUUACAUAAAUGCUGUUUUUUAUGGACGAAAAAAUGAUACAGAGAAGGAUAAAGAUGGUCCUAGCUCUAGCGUUAUGUCUUCAACAACAAAUUUUCAGGUGCCAACCACAACCAGAAAGCAUAUACUACAAGUUUCAACGUAUCAGAUGUGUGUACUAAUGCUCUAUAAUAAUCGAGAGGUGCUUACCUAUGAAGACAUUCAACAAGAAACAGACAUACCUGAAAAAGAGUUAGUACGGGCAUUACAAUCUUUGUCUAUGGGAAAACCAGCACAGCGCCUACUUGUACGGAAUUCAAAAACUAAAACGAAAGACAUUGAUCCCACUGAUGAGUUUUAUGUAAAUGAUGCCUUCGUAUCCAAAUUUACCAGAGUUAAAAUUCAAACUGUUGCCGCAAAGGGAGAAUCAGAGCCCGAACGUAAAGAAACUCGUGGUAAAGUUGAUGAAGAUCGUAAACAUGAAAUUGAAGCAGCUAUCGUACGAAUAAUGAAAGCGAGAAAACGAAUGGCGCAUAAUCUACUCGUUUCCGAUGUGACGUCUCAACUUAAGUCUAGGUUCUUACCAUCACCUGUAUUUAUUAAGAAACGAAUAGAAGGACUUAUUGAACGAGAAUAUUUAGCAAGAACCCCAGAAGAUCGAAAAGUUUACGUUUAUUUAGCAUAGGCUUUUAUAAACGUUACUACAAUUUUAAGUGCACCACCCGUCAGACACAAAAUCAUUACACGAACAGUUUAUCUAUACAUCUCCCUAAAUUACGUCACUGAACUUCUCAAACUAAUAACCGAAAUUUAUGGAACUUUGUUUCCUACAGUUAUAAACUUUUAUUUUAUAUUUUACAAAAAAUUUUUUUGUCUUUUUCCCUAACGUACAACUUUUUUAUAAGAUUCAUAACUUAAUUGAUUUUACAAUAAAAAAAUAAAAAUAGUAAUGUGGAAUGAAGUAUUGGUGUGAGAG